CGCACCCGCCGGCCUCUCCCUUCCGCCUGCCGCCUUCCUCUCCGCCCCUGGCGGAGGAAGUGAUGUCACAGGCCCCAUGUGAGCGGAUUGCAACACAUGCAGCUGCCUGGAGAGAGGGAGCCGGUGUCCUACGUCAGAGCCGCCGCCGCCGCGGAGCCGCCGCCGGGGAGGAGCUGCCGCUGCCGCCCAGGACUGGGCCCUUAGGGAGGAGGAGGCGAGAAGAUGGCGGACGACCCCAGUGCUGCGGACAGGAACGUGGAGAUCUGGAAGAUCAAGAAGCUCAUCAAAAGCUUGGAGGCGGCCCGCGGCAAUGGCACAAGCAUGAUAUCGUUGAUCAUUCCUCCCAAAGACCAGAUAUCACGAGUGGCAAAAAUGUUAGCAGAUGAAUUUGGAACCGCAUCUAAUAUUAAGUCACGAGUAAACCGCCUUUCAGUCCUGGGAGCCAUUACAUCUGUACAACAAAGACUCAAACUUUAUAACAAAGUACCUCCAAAUGGUCUGGUUGUUUACUGUGGAACAAUUGUAACAGAAGAAGGAAAGGAAAAGAAAGUCAACAUUGACUUUGAGCCUUUCAAACCAAUUAAUACAUCAUUGUAUUUGUGUGACAACAAAUUCCAUACAGAGGCUCUUACAGCACUACUUUCAGAUGAUAGCAAGUUUGGCUUCAUUGUAAUAGAUGGCAGUGGUGCACUUUUUGGCACACUCCAAGGAAACACAAGAGAGGUCCUGCACAAAUUCACUGUGGAUCUUCCAAAGAAACACGGUAGAGGAGGUCAGUCUGCCUUGCGUUUUGCCCGUUUAAGAAUGGAAAAACGACAUAAUUAUGUUCGGAAAGUAGCUGAGACUGCUGUGCAGCUGUUUAUUUCUGGGGACAAAGUGAAUGUGGCUGGCCUUGUUUUAGCUGGAUCAGCUGACUUUAAAACUGAACUAAGUCAAUCUGAUAUGUUUGAUCAGAGGUUGCAAUCAAAAGUUUUAAAAUUAGUUGAUAUCUCCUAUGGUGGUGAAAAUGGAUUCAACCAAGCUAUUGAGUUAUCUACUGAAGUCCUUUCCAACGUGAAGUUCAUCCAAGAGAAGAAAUUAAUAGGACGAUACUUUGAUGAAAUCAGCCAGGACACGGGAAAGUACUGUUUUGGAGUUGAAGAUACACUAAAGGCUUUGGAAAUGGGAGCUGUAGAGAUUUUAAUAGUCUAUGAAAAUCUGGAUAUAAUGAGAUAUGUUCUUCAUUGCCAAGGCACUGAAGAGGAGAAAAUUCUCUAUCUAACUCCAGAACAAGAGAAGGAUAAAUCUCAUUUCACAGACAAAGAGACAGGACAGGAACAUGAGCUGAUUGAAAGCAUGCCCCUACUGGAAUGGUUUGCUAACAACUACAAAAAAUUUGGAGCUACGUUGGAAAUUGUCACAGAUAAGUCACAAGAAGGAUCCCAGUUUGUGAAAGGAUUUGGUGGAAUUGGAGGUAUCUUGCGGUACCGAGUAGAUUUCCAGGGAAUGGAAUACCAAGGAGGAGACGAUGAAUUUUUUGACCUUGAUGACUACUAGGUAGUCGACAUGGGUCCGGCAAUACGUGCCUCACCCUCCAGCAUCCAACCCAAGGAGCAUACCCGUGGUGGAAUCCAAACAGAUCCCUGCCUUACAAUUGGAACAUUCUCAGAACUUAAUCCAUGAGCAUUGGAUAUUGAAAAGAAAACCGAAACAAAACCAGACCCAACCCUACACUUUGGUUUGUCAUGGUGUCAGCGAAGCAGCCUACAACUAAGUACCUAAAUGCCACUAUGGACUAAUUUAACAGAGAAUCCCAGUUUUUACUUUUACUCAAUGGUGAAAA